AUAUCAAAUUUGUUGACACAAAUCCCACCGAUUGGUAAAUCUUUCGCAGGGUGCACGUUGAAGUAGAAACAGACGUCCAGUUUGAAUACAUAUUAAAAUAGUAUUUCAUAUUGCUGCCAACAUGAACUAGAGAAGAGAAACGUUACUGCUGAUGUCAAAAUGAAUGUUUCUUGUAUUCUACCGAGGUAUUUAAUGUCUGGUUUAAGAAGCAAGUUUUCUCGAUUGCUCGUCAGAUCCAGUACCUUCAACCUACCUGUCAUCGAGACUGUUCCGUGUUACCAUGACUACUCGUCAGUAAGGACCAAAUACACCUUGAGUUACAUCCAUGGUCAUGACGUCAUUCCCAAUUCACCUGUUCCUCCUAUAAAGACUAUUGGUGAGUUUGUUGAUGAGAGUACUGAGAAGUAUCCUGAUAAUGAUUGUGUCGUCUUCUCAGAGAAUGGACAGAGGCAAACAUUUCAACAAAUCAGAGACAAGGUUGAUAGUUUAGCUGCUGGUCUAGUCUCUCUUGGAGUAGUAAAAGGUGAUAGAGUUGGUAUCUGGAGUCCAAACACCUUAGAAUGGAUCUUAACUCAGUAUGCUACAGCUAGGAUUGGUGCAAUCCUUGUUAAUUUAAACCCAGCUUAUCAGAUCACUGAGAUUGAAUACACGCUCAAAAAGGUUGGCGUUAAGGUUCUGAUCGCGCCUGAGAAUUUUAAGACCCAACAUUAUUAUAAGAUGGUAACAAACCUCUGCCCAGAGAUGACAUCCAUGAUUGGAGCUGGUAAAAUCAAAAGCAAAAGCCUCCCUGAUCUCGAGUCUGUAAUCAUCUUUGACAGCGAGAGUGUGAGUUUGCCAGGGGCUUAUGCUAUUAAUGACGUCAUGAAUAUGGGACGAACUGAGCAUUAUGACAGCAUUGAUCGCUGUAGGAAAAGUCUCCAAUCUGAUGACGUCAUCAAUAUCCAGUUCACUUCGGGUACUACAGGGAUGCCUAAAGCCACCUGUUUGACUCAUUACAAUCUGAUUAGUAAUCUCAGCAUUCAAUCAUUCGUUCAUUCGGUGAAAUGUGAACAGGUCAAUUGUUUGCCUGCUCCCUUGUUUCAUACCCUUGGUAUGUCGACAUCGCUCUUCGGAAUGAUGAGGGGUAUGACCACGGUAUAUCCAUCAGCUGGUUAUAAUAGUGGAGAUAUACUACGUGCUAUUCAAGAUGAGAAAUGUUCACAUUUCUUCGGCCCUCCUACCAUGCUGAUUGACAUGUUACAUCAUCCAGACUUUGUGACCUUUGACCUUAGUAGUUGGAAGACUGUGUAUACUGGUGGUAGUCAUAUACCAAUUGAGAUUAUUAGACGAGUAGCUGAAGAAGUACCCUCUAUCAACGAAUUACUUUUGGUUUAUGGAAUGACUGAGUCUACAGGAGCCACAUGCUCGACCCUUAAUAGUGACCCGGAAGAAGUUCGUUACUCCACUGUUGGAAGACCCAUGCCAUGGAGUGAGAUGAAAAUAUCGAAUCCGUCAACUGGUGAUGUAGUCGCUGUAGGAGAGGAAGGUGAACUUUGCAUCCGGGCUCCUUGGGUGAUGGUUGGUUACUGGGGUGAUGAAGAGAAAACAAAAGAAACAUUAGAUGAUAAAAGAUGGCUUCAUACAGGAGAUUUAGCCAAAAUGGAUUCUAAUGGUUACAUCAGUAUUGUAGGUCGAAUCAAAGAUGUUGUAAUCAGAGGAGCAGAAAAUAUAUCAACUAUCCAGAUUGAACAAUGUCUUCAUACCCAUCCUAAAAUAGAAAAUGUUCAGGUCGUUGGUGUACCUGACGAGAGAAUGAUUGAGGAACUCUGCGCAUGCGUAAAGCUGAAGGCAGGAGAAUCCUGCACAAAAGAAGAAAUUCAAGAGUUUUGCCGAGGGAAGCUAUCUCAUUACAUGGUUCCACGAUAUGUUGAGUUUGUGAAGACGUUUCCACAGACCACAUCUGGAAAGGUAAAAAAGUUUCAGCUCAAAGAAGAAAUGAAACAAAAACUCAACCUAGAGGAGAAAAGAGACUGAAGAAAACGUAAAGCUUAUAUACGUGGUUGUUAUCUACCAUAAGACUGGAUAAGUUUUGCAAUUCAUUUUCAAUAAACGGCACUAUCAAGGAAUGGUGUUGACACAAAUAUGAAUCGGCAAAGACAAGGAGCUGAAAAUAUAUCAGUAAAUAAAUAAAAGAAUUGAAAUAGGCACUAAUUAUACAACCCGGGACAUUGAAAUGGUGAAGUAAAAAGCUCAGAUAAUAACAGGAAAGGGGAUCUUCUCUGCAUAAAUUUAUUUCCAUGUUCAAUUCUUUACAAAGGGGCGUCUAACCCACCCAUGUGAUAUUGAAAUAGGGGGUAGAAGAAAAAAAAUGCACAAAAUAUAACGUUUUAUUCAGAUACGACCUCUCCCAUUUCAAAAUACACUGUUGCUGCCCUUGGGUCCAUUAAUCAGAGGUGAAUAGGGGUUAUAUUUGUGUAUAAAAAAUAACAUUUGUGACAAUGUUUAUUCAAGGUAAUCAGUAGCUUUGGUGGAAACAAUCGAAAUAAGAGUUGGUUUAUGAUAAGGGUGACUGAAAAGUUUAUUAACAACACUUCAAUGAAAUGAAAAUGUUCGAGGCAAUAUUUUUCAUCGAAGGAAAGUUUUAAAAUCCAAACCAAGUCUUAAUUGAUAAUGAGCAUAACCUAUUGAGUUUAAUCAACAGACUGUUAUUUGUUAUGAAGAAAAAUUAACUCACCCCUGGCUCAAAGAUAUAUCUUUCAUUUAGAAAUGUAGGAACUCCCUAAAACCCUAAAAGGUCUGGGGCCAUGAUGCCCCCCCCCCCCCUCGACGCUUCGCGCAAUAUUUCCGAAACACAAAAAGAUAGCGCCGCAAAAUUUUAUGGCCCGUAUUCUGAACUCGGUUUUAAAUAAACCCUGGUUUAAAGUUGGGGUUUAACUAUGGAGCGCCAAUUGGAACACAAAUCACUAUCAGUACAUUUUCAAUUUAUUAACUCAUAUGACACCCAAAUUGUUCAUAAUUGUCUCGGAAUGAUAACUGAAGUAUUUUUCUUCAUUAUGAAAUCAAAAAGAAACAAAAUAGUAAACAUAGGAAAUAUACAAUAUAAACAUAAUUUUGAAAUUUUUGGCUCCCUAUAAUUUUAGCACAGAGUUAGACCGUAGUCUAAGUUAAUUCUGACUUCAGAAUACGGGCCUUCUUUCUUUGAAGUCUCGCGCAACGACCAUGCAUACGGGUGUAGCAUCGCGACGCCACGUGACUUUUUACGAGACAAUGUCAUGCCGAAAAUGGCUAAUUUUUAUACUUUGUGUACAAAGUCUAUGGGAGAUGAAAUUCAUAAAAGGGUGUAAUUUUUCAUUCUAAUUGGUCUGCUCAAUAUUAAUUUAGGGUUUAAUUUAGUUGUUAAAUGGUCUGUAAUAAUUUCUAUUAAAAACAAUGAAAAACAAAAGAUAAAAAAACAGAGAAAUACAUAAGAAAUUCUAAAAACAACGAAAUGCAUAAGGGAAAAAAUGGCUUUCGCAAUUUUUCUUUAAGAAAACCUUUAUAUUAGAGUACAAAGAUGACAUCUGGAAAAAAAAACAGGAAGAAGAUUUGAAGUGAAAUUGGGAGUUGAAUUUGCAAAUAAUGUUUUUCAAGAAUUAAUAAAUUUGCAUAUGUUAUUCAUAAUGAAUAAAAAAUAUUUAUUUUCAGAUUUUUUUAAUACUGGCUUCUAGUUAAUGUGGCAAAGAAUAUGCGUGACAAAUUUCGGCGCGAUCGCGCUAUUGGCGGCUGAGAUCAGAAGGGGGGUGGGGAUCAUGCCCCCCAGUCCUCAAUACAUCUCAAAUAGCCCAGUCCUUUAAGGGUUAAUGUGGUUUAGUUACUCAAAUUCUUGAAUGUCAAACCAACUGGAUCUGAUAUUGAAUAAACUAUAUUGUCCUUAAUUCGAUGACUAUUCAAAAUGCAUUGAUAAUCAGAAUAAAGGAAUAUAUUUUACAUUUUGUCUGUUGUUUUUAUCGGAUAAACGGAAUAAAUUAUUGACAUUCGAAGCACGUUAUUGAUCACUCGAUUUCUUAAUUUAUUUGACGAAAGUGAGGGUAUGAAAUGGAUGACCAAACCCGUAUAAGGCUAAAGAUAACUGCCAUAAGGGCCACACUGGAUGCUUUCAUUAUUUGCCAGAAAAAAAAAAAAAAUCUCUUCCCAAUUAUAUUUGAACGAAAACACUGAAAACAAUAUUGUUAAAAAAAGUCCUAACAAUUCUCUCUUUCUCCUAUAUCCUAUACACUCCUUCAAUUUUGUCUUAACACUCUUAGAAGGAAGGGUUAGAGGGUUCAAAGCUUGCCCCGUAAUUGGAACCUUUAAAGGUUCUCCAUAAAAGGUUGUGUAUUUCCUUGAACAGCCACUUUGGAAACUUUUAGGAUCUUUUAAAACCUUUCAAAGUUCUUGAGUAUGUAUAGAACCUUUGUGCUGUAAUUUCUCAGCUGAGUAGGGCGAUCCAUCCAAUGUUAUUUAUCAUGUAUGAUUAUGUUGUAAUUUUGUAGUUGGGUAAAUCAAAUCAAAUCAAAUCAAACCUUUUUUAGGGGAACACUCUUUCUCGAGGAUUGCAAAUACGGGACAGAAAGGUACUAAUUCGCACCAUUAUUUUUUUCUGAGUGUAUUUUCCCCUUCUCUCUCCUUCCUUUCUUAAUUCCUUCCUUCUUUCCCCUCUCUUUGUUUGUUUCUUUCUUUCCAUUUUUUUACAUCAAUCUUACAUCCUUCGAGAAAAAAAAGGAAUAAAUGUGAUGUUAUACUAUGAAAUAAAAAAAGAAUAAGUGGGAUAUGAAUGCCUAUUCAGGAGAACAUACCUUGAACUGUUUCAUUGAAAUGUCAAAACUUUAAUAUUCCUUGACAAAAUUUAAUGAUUUUUUUCAGUGUUUUGUUUGUGAGAUUUUACUCAAUCCUUGAGUACCCUUUCCAUAGAUAUAAUUAGAAAUAACUAGAUUCUUGUGAAAAUAAAUAUAUUCUAUUAUUGACAAUUAAAUGGUAUUUUCUUUUCAUUUUGACAAG